AUGGAAACCCGAGGGCGUUCAGAGUCAAGCACUCCUAUAAACCCACCACACCCAAAAGUUCUCACCUCAUCCUCGCCCAAAACACAAUACUUAAUUCUCUACAACUUCUGCUCAGCCAUUGCCUGGCUUGUUGUUCUUGGUCGCGUCUUGCUAUUGGUACCAUUGGUAGGAUUUGGUCGAACCUAUAAAGGCGUUGGUACCUUUGCAAAAUGGACGCAGACAAUGGCUUUGCUUGAGGUGGUGCAUGCUGCUACUGGUAUUGUCAGAGCCCCAAUCUCGACAACACUCAUGCAAGUCGCUUCUCGAAUCCUGCUCGUGUGGCCGGUAACCAACACCUUCCCCCACCUCGCCAAAUCCGCCGCCUACUCCAGCAUGCUCAUCGCAUGGUCUGUCACUGAGGUUAUCCGGUACUCGUACUUCACGCUUUCGCUUUCUGGAUUCACACCAAAAUUCAUGACAUGGUUGCGCUACAAUGCCUUCUAUGUGCUAUACCCGCUCGGUAUCAGCAGUGAGUGCUGGCUGAUAUACAAGGCAAUCGAGCCGGCGAAGAGUAUCAGACAGGAAUAUGCAUGGCUUUUGCAGGCUAUCUUGGGUAUCUAUGUGCCGGGAAGUUAUAUCCUUUUUACGCAUAUGAUGAGGCAGAGGCGGAAGGUUAUGAGGGGGAAACAGGUUAAGAAGGCGUAA